AAAUCCUCCCCAACACUGCCACACGGUCCUCCCAAUUUAUUUCUCUCUCUCCCAACAGAAAACACUGACACUCACCACCACCCCGAAAUCACACACAUCAGGCACGUCUUCCACCUUAGCUCUGCGACAAUUACCGCCACGAGCAUCUGUCCGACGUCGAAGCCCUGAGUGGCCAUCUCCGGUGAGACACAUGGUCCUUUGGCAAACUCCGAUGGGAGCUGCUUGAACUCGGGAUCCUUGUGAAUUAGGGUUUUUUGAAUCAUCGAACCAAACUUGUGGGAGUAGCAGCGACAUUCGCAUUGGUUCGGAGUUUUGAUUGUUCAUUGAAAGUUGAUACUAUGCUGGGUACUACAACUUGACCUCAUACCGAACAGCAUUUAAGAACAGCAUUUUGCAGGUCUCACACAAGGUGUACAGCUAAACAAAUGGUAAAUAGUAUUCGUUUUAGUCACAGUGCUAAGGAUGAGGAAAAUAAAUAUGGGAGGGUCACACAAAAUGCUGAGAAGGGAAAAAAACAAUUACAUCCUGAUGUAUCAGAUGCAACUGGUCUCAGACGGUCUCCUAGAGAGACAUCAUCAAGGAGGAUAAUUUCUGGUCCUUCAAGUAUUCGUAGGUCCGGGCAAUUUAAAAAGGGAGUAGUAACACGGAUACCGGUGGAUAAAAAGAGAUCUGAAUUGGUUGGAAAAAAGAACAUGCCAAGUCCUUUGAGAAGAUCUGGAAGGACUGGGAGUUACUCUUCUACUAGUCAUUCUGAUUCUAAAAGCUCAGGUUCAUUGAAUUCAAACCCGAAGCCAAAAAAAGAGAAGAGUGUGAGACAGUUGACAUUUGAAGCUAAAGAAGUAAAGGAAAAUGAGGAACAAGAUCUUGGAACACCCCAGGUUGAAGUAAGGCGAAUGAAUGCCCGAAUGUACCGGUCUUUCUUUGAGUUACCAAAGGAAGUGCCUGAAAGGAUGGACAAGUCAAAUGAAGGUGGCAAGAAUAUUCCAGACAAAAUUGACCAGGGCUUUGAAGGUUGUCAUUCUGAUCGUGAAGUCUCCAAGAAUGGUGCACUACCAUCUAAAGAUGGAAAGCUAAAAGAGAUGAGAGUUAGCUCUAGGUUGAGUGGCCCUGUGAAGGAUCUGGUUGAAAAUACCGUAACUCUGGAUUCUAUGGCACCAUCUAAUGCUGCAACUUAUGAGGCAGGUUUGACAUCUGAAAGGAUAUUGGAUGAAGAUUUAAUCAGGAACACUGUUAGAGAUGAUAGAGGUAAGAAAGCGAUACCUUCUGAGAGCAAGGAAAUCACUGGGGGUGUGAAUACAGAUGUUUCUGCCACCUUGGCAAAGGGUGACAAUUCCAACGUGAUUUCUGAUUCUGGUGGCCUGUCAAGGAUCAGUGGCAAAAUUAUGGAGACUGACGGUCCAUCUAAUGCCACAGUUUUUGAGACUGGUUUGGUAUCUGAAAGGGUUCAGCCUGAUCGCUGCAGAGAAGAAGCAUUUCCAUCAAGCAAUUCCAAGAAUGGUGUGCAACUACCUGAAGAUGGAAAAUCAAAAGAGAUGAGAGUUGACCAUGGGUUGAGUGAUCCUAUGAAAGACCUAGUUGAAAAUACCAUGUCUCUUGGAUCAUCAGCACCAUCUGACGCUGCAACUUUUGAGAUUGGUUUGGUGCCUAAAAGCAUUCAGCCUGAAGACUUAAUCGGAAACAGUGUUGGGUAUGAUAGUAGUGUUGACAAAUUGGUACCUUCUAAAACAAAGAGAAUUAUGGUAGACAUGGAUUCAGAUGUUUCUGCCACAUUGGCUGAGGGUAACAACUGCAACUCUGUUCCUAAUUGCAGUAGCCCUUCAGUUCUAGGUGGCAAUAUAAUGGGGACUGAUGGUUCACAUUCCAAGCGGAUAAGGUUGGAUGAUAAUCCUAUAGGCAGUGAGUCUUGUAACCCUUCUACAACUGAGCUUGAAGAUGGGGAUUCUAUUGCUGCAAGCAUGCUGCAGGGCUCUAAAAUUAAUAAUGAAAAAGAAGCUGGUUUAAUAACUAAUUCCAUUAAUAGUGUCACUCAACUGAAGGAGAAGUUGUCAAGUCAUAAUCCAUACAGAGGCAAGUCUGACUCCGUUAGGUUUGUUGAGUAUUGGGUUCCUGUACAAAUAUCUAAUCUGCAGCUUGAACAGUAUUGUUCUAUUUUACUGUCAAAUGCUUCUAUUCUGCGCUCCUCAUCAAAGGUUGAUAGCAUUGAGGCUGUUCGUGAUGUUCUUAUAUUAACUCGGAAGUGUUGUAGUCAUCCCUAUCUUGUUGGUCCAGAAUUGCAACCUUCUCUUAACAAGGGUCUCGAACCGUCUCAGUAUCUUGAUUUUGAUUUAAAAGCAAGUGGCAAGUUGCAACUUCUUGAUUCAAUGCUUGAGGAGUUGAGAAAAAGUGAUUUAAGGGUGCUCAUUCUUUUUCAGUAUAUUGGAAGUUCUGGAAGAGUUAUAGGAAAUUAUUUGGAAGACCUACUUCGACAAAGAUUUGGUCCAGAUUCGUAUGAACGAAUUGAUAAAAAUAUUCUACCUUCCAAGAGACAAGCUGCCAUGAAGAAAUUUAAUGACAAGAACAACAAACGAUUUGUGUUUUUGUUAGAAACAUGUGCUUGCCUUCCAAGCAUUAAAUUGUCGUCUGUUGAUUCUAUUAUUAUAUUUGAUAGUGAUUGGAACCCGAUGAAUGAUAUAAGAUCCCUUCAGAAAAUAACACUUGAUUCACAGUUUGAUUUCAUAAAAAUAUUCCGGUUAUAUUCAACUUUCACUGUUGAAGAAAAAGCCUUAAUCCUUGCUAAGCAAUGUAAGUCAGUUGACUUCAGUUUACAAAACAUGAACUGGAGUACCAGUCAUAUGCUGUUGAUGUGGGGUGCUUCUUGUCUAUUUGAUGAACUCAAAGCUUUUCAUGAUGGUGAAACUUAUGCAUCAAAUGCGAAAUCCUUGUUUGGGCGACCAUUUCUAAAAGAAGCGAUGGAUGAAUUCUCAUCCCUACUAUCUCAGGAUGGAGAACAUAUUGAUUCAAGCAACAGUUCAAUCUUAUUGAAAGUGCAGCAAAAUGGGGCAACAUACCAUGGAAAUUUUUCUUUGCAUGGUGAGCUAAAACUUGGGUCACUGGAUGAAGAGCCAUCCCAAUUUUUUUGGACAAAACUUUUGGAUGGAAAACAGUUUCAGUGGAAGUACUUAAAUAAUUCAUCUCAGCGGAGCAGGAAGAAAGUCCAUCAUUUUGAGGGUUCAGUCAAUGGGCCUGAUAAUGUAACUGAAGGAGCAGCAAAGAAGCGCAGGAAAGUUAAUAUUGUUGAUCCGCCUUCUUCAAAAUUUGAAGAUGAAAAGUUACCCGCUGGUAGCAAGGCAGGAACACCUAGAGAUUUAGUGGAUAGAUCUCAAGGAGACAAUGUUGAAUCUGAGCGAAAAAGCGGACUGCAUGAUGAGCAGAGUAGCUUACAUAUUCUGCUGAAGCCAGAGAUCAUAAAGCUUUGUGAUUUUCUUCUUCUUCCGGAUAAAGUCAAGAGCAUGAUCGAAAAAUUUCUUGAAUAUGUUAUAAAUAACCACGAUGUCAAUAGGGAACCAUUUUCAAUAUUACAGGCUUUUCAAUUAUCUCUGUGUUGGACAGCAGCUUCUUUGCUAAAGCACAAACUCGACCCCAUUGCCUAUCUUAUAAAAGAAUUGAACUUUGGGUGUAAGAAAGAAGAGGUGGACUACAUUUAUUCUAUGUUGCGUUGUUUGAAGAAAAUAUUUUUAUAUCGCACAGGAAGUUAUAAUGAUACCGACUCUCCAAAAGCGUCUGAACCAUCAGAUGGAAUAUGUACCAGAGUUGAACAGGAGGUUGAAUUGUUCAAAAAAGAUAUGUCUAAAAGUAUUAAAGAAAUUCAGAAGAAGUGCAAAAAGAAGCUGAAGAAGCUAUGCCUUUUGCAAGACGAAGAGAAGCAAAAGUUGAAGGAAGAUAUUGAGGAGGAAGAGGCUAAAUUUGAGGAAUGGUACAAACUACAGUCAGCUGUUAUACGAUCCUGCUCUCCCAAUGAUGUUAUAAGAAUGGAAAAGCUUAGGGUUUUGAAUAUUGAAUACGAAAAAGGAAUUGAAGAACGGAAGUGUCAGCAUGAAACACAACUCAAAGAUCUUGAGGCCAAACAAUCAGCUGACAAACAGAAGUUUCUAGAAAAGGAGGCUGCUUGGGUAGAAGAUGUGGAAUCUUGGGCACAAAAUGAACUUUUAAAAAUAGUUGCUUCAAAGGAACGUGGGACUGGGGUUGAGUCCUUCCAGACUUAUGGUCAAGUACAACCUGACAAUGGCCUUAAGAAUCAUUUUGCAGAGGGAAAGGGUCAUGAUGAUAAGGUUAAAGCCAUCACAGAGACUGUCGCUGAGAAUUCACCUUUAUCUGAUGAAAGAAUUGCUAACAGGGCCGCUGUAAGUUUGUUGGGUAGAAAGGAACUUUUGAGACAGCAGGGGAUUAUCAAUACUACAGAUUCUCCAGAAAAUGAUGGUGCGGUGAAUCUUCCUUCAUCCAUGGAACAAGAAUCUGAUGGAGGUGCUGUAAAUGAAGUUUCGUAUAGAGAAUUAAGACUGAGUAAUGGUCCUGAUAACAAUACACAUUCGAGUCCAUGGCAUGAAAACUCUGGAGACUCAUCUAGCAUACUUAAUGGACACAUUCCAGUGGAUGAGCAAGAAACUAGAAAUGAACUGGACACUGUUUGUAUAUUUGUAGAUGUACCUCCGGAAACAAGUGGGAUGGUCAUUACCGAGUGUCCACAGGAUGCAUCUCCUUUGAAUCCCCCGUCAUCUAUGACUCAAAUGUCUGAUAAAGGUCGACUAGAGGUCCCAUGUUUAGAUAGGGUUUUAUCACCAAGGACUUGUCAAGCUGCUUGUUCAGGUGAUGAAGGUCCAAAUAAUAUGUCCAUUUCAAAUCCACUUUUGGAGCAACAAACUACUGAUGUCCCUUUGAGUAUUCCAGCAGCGGCUGAUUGUGUUGAUGAUAUAGAGCGUUUAACAAGUGCUGUGUUGGUGGCUAAAAGGACCACAUCAGAAGAGCAGGAAGGAGCACCUAAAACCAUGGCAGAAUUGUCCCAAGAGCCUCCAGUAUCCAGAACAUUUAAUGUCACGGAUCUUCAAGAACAAGUUGGGCAGUUAUCUAUAGGCUCCACUCAUGACCAUGAAAAGUUUAAGGAAUUGCAGCAUUCUUCCGAACAACCAGAACUGGUGCCUAGUACAGUUGAUGUUGUACCAGCCGGUCAAUCCAAUCAGGCUUCACUGAUUGUCAAGCCUGUAAAUCAGGUGCAACAAUUACUAUCUGCGGAGCUCCCGUCUUCCCACCUGAAUAAUUUUUGUUUGGCAACUGAAGUUGAACAUCAGCCAACUGUGGCUCCAAAUCAAGACGUGCAAUCUGACUCAAAUUUGGAACAUUCACAUGGGCACCCUGCCUCAGAUUCUGACCCUAAUACAGUUGCACCCAGUGAAGUAAUAAUGCAAUCUGCAAACGCAAUAAAUUCUUCAAUUCCUCUUGAGAUCAAUUAUCAACAUCUGGAAGCUGAAAUACAUUCAGCUUCCAGAAAGCUACAUUUGAGCUAUUAUGAUCCACUAAAAAUUGAAUUGGAUAGAAUACGAAAAGUAGCAGAUCAAACAAUGAAAAUCUAUGAAAAAAAGAAUAUGGAGUUGAAAUCUGAGUUUGAAAAGGAAUUAGAGGAACUCCGCAGGAAGUACGAUAUUAAAAUUCAAGGAAUUGAAACUGAAUUCAAACAAAGAAAGACGACUCUGGAUACAAGUCUUAAUGUAGUUCGUAUGAAUAAGUUUUUGGCAGAUGCUUUUAGGUCUAAAUGCUCAAACCUUAAACCAUCGUGUACAUCAGGAACGCUGCAAGAUUCGAGUUUUUCGGCACAGCAGUUGCCUCCGCCCUCAAGACAACAGAAUUCUAAUUGGCCAUCCCUUGUUGCCGGUUCUUCUUCUUGUGGUCCUUCUCCGACCAAUCGGCAGAGUCCCUCCACAAAUCCUACCUCUCAGCUUACGUUACAUCCUAUACGGGCUGGUUACAGUGCAUCACGAUUUCCCCCCAAUGUUUCUGCAAGAUCACCAAUCAUCAACACCAUCUCUUUGCCUGUUGGAAAUCUUCAACCUGGUGGUGAGAUUCGCGCCCCUGCUCCGCAUCUCCAGCCUUUUAGACCAUGAUGACAUAACUCUUUUUUUCUUCUCCCCUGCUUCGGAGAUUCUUACUUCAUAUAUGCUAGUGCAAAUAUUGUAGUACUGAUACUAAUGCCAAUAGUUUUUUUUCAUCCCUUCUAAUUAUAGUUAUGUAAAAAUGUAUAUAUGUAAUUAAUUGUCUGCCUAAUUUUCUCUGGCAUACAAUGAGUCAUUAAUGGCUGACGAUUAACAUGAAACACAAGGAAUUGGUGAGCUGUAUAGUUCUUGAAACAAUUACCAAAAUUUUCAUAUGCAA